UUCUUGUAGCUAACAAAGAUCAUCUAUUCCAUAACAUCUACAAAUGGAGUUUGUUUGCGUUCCUAUCUUUGCCACUCACACCUGCGGGUGUUCUUCCAGGUGGCCGUGGAGCGUGAUGACGUUGGAGAGGAAGGUGCACGUUCCCGCCUACGACGUGUUGGCGGUGAGGAGCUUGUGGGAAGUCCGUGUGAAGAAACAGCAGCAGCGCCAGAGGAAGGAGCAUGAGAGGAAGGAGAGGAGCGCCCUCGCCAAGAUUGAACAACAGUGGCAGUAUCGGAUCUACUGCAAGACCGCAUCUCCUCCACGCACGCACCCUGGUACACACGCUGGUGAUGGCGAGGUAGAUGUGAGUAGUUUCCUACCAGCAGAGCGUCCAUGUGGUGAGGAUCCAGAUGCGAGCGAUGAUAAGAAGUUGGUGUUCCAGCUGGACGGGCGUCAGUGGAAGGUGAGCGAGCUAGCUAGCCAGCUAAAGAUAGCAGGUGACGAGGCGUGUUCCCGGCAGGACUUCCCAAGGGAACUUCAGUGGAUGACGUAUUUACGGGAGUGGCACGUGACCGGCACCCAGAUCCAGAAGCUCCCGGACUACUUGUCCUCCUUCACGCUGCUCGCCGUGUUGGACCUGCCCAAAAAUGCCCUCACGGAGCUUCCGCCCGACAUCGGUGAGAUGAGGCUGGUGGUGUUUCUCGGCGUUCCCGCCUUCAACCAGGCUCCAUUCCCAGGAAAGCUGGUGGCGCUGAGGGAGCUGAACGUCAGCUUCAACCGCCUGCGUGGCGUCCCUGCUCAGCUGGGGGACUGCCAGAACCUGGAGCGCCUGGAACUCGCUGGAAACGCCAACCUGUGCCAGCUGCCCUUUGAGCUGAGCGCGCUGAAGAAGUUGCGUCAUUUAGACGUGGCCCAAAACAACAUGGCCUCCAUUCCCAUCUGCGCCCUGAGGAUGAGCAACCUGCAGCUGCUGGACCUCAGCCACAACCGACUCAGCGACCUGCCGCAGGACAUGGACAGGCUGCAGCAGCUGCAGACGUUGUUGGUGCACAAGAACAAGCUGACGUAUAUCCCUCAGUGCCUGGCCAACAUCUCCACCCUCAGCAUGAUGGUGGUCAGUGGAGAGGAGCUGGUUUGCAUUCCCACCCGCCUGUGCAGCAACCCCUCCAUCAAGUUCAUCCGACUGUAUGACAGUCCCGCCAGCGACAAGAAGGAAGAGGAGAUCCAUGAGAGAGGAAGAGGGAGGGGGAGGUGGCGAGAGUAAGAGGAGAUGAUGAAGGACAUCAGCGAGAAGGAGUUCAUGGAGGUCUACGUGGACACGCUGAAGGACAGAGAGGACGUCCCCUACGCCACCACCAAGGUGUCCAUUUCCUGUCUGCUGUGACGUCACCACCGACGUCACCGCCCGACUGCUUUUCCCCACGCGGGAAGAUUGCGAUGGCUUAGUUUGCCAGCCCUUGAACGCACCACAACCCCUCCUUUACUGCAUGGUAGAGCUCUCUGGACAUGAAAUAGCACCCCUAUAGUCACCUUCACACCCCAUUACUCCAUAUAGGACACAGAACAAGAGAAAACAAGGCAUAGAAAACCUGAUUAGGACCUUCUAAAUACUGUUUUUAACAUCAUUAGAGCUCUCUGGACAUGAAAUAGCACCCCUAUAGUCACCUUCACACCCCAUUACUCCAUAUAGGACACAGAGCAAGAGAAAACAAGGCAUAGAAAACCUGAUUAGGACCUUCUAAAUACUGUUUUUAACAUCAUUAGAGCUCUCUGGACAUGAAAUAGCACCCCUACACCCCUAUUACUCCAUAUAGGUCACAGAAUAAGAGAAAACGAGGCAUAGAAAGCCUGAUUAGGACCUUUUAACAUCAUUAGAGCCCUCUGGGCAUGGAAUAACACCCCUAUAGUUACCUUUACUCCAUAUAUUAGAUCAAAUAUGAGAAAACAAGGCACAGAAAACCUUCUUAUGACCUUCUAAAUACUUUAAAAAAUGAUUAGAGCCCUCUGAACAUGAAAUAGCACCCCUAUAGUCCAAUAUGGUUGACAUAAUGAAGGCUUGGAUACUUUAUUGUCCAGUGAAGGAAGCAGGAGGAGGCACACACUGAAGAAAAUAAAGUGCGGAUGACACAACCGCGGCGCUCGGCGGGUCAUGUGACCAGUCUAAAAACACUGGAAGGGAAAUAGUUCCACCGAUCGCCAUGGCAACACAGGUGGACUCUUUUGGAAUGACCUUUGACCUCUGAUGGAUAGAUUUUUU